AUGGACAAGCGCCUCCCACACCGGAUCAGGGACAUUCGACUGCAGCUGCAGGCGUCUGGCAAGACUGCCACUGCCGACGGUGUGAAGGAUGAGCUGUGCAAAAACUUCACUGAGUAUGGCAGAUUAAAGCAGCAAGCCCUCAGGAAGCUGGUGCUGCAAGAGCUGAGUACCCCGUUGCCGGCCACCGAAACAUGUGGCACCGAAAGCCGCGAGUGUCAAGAUGCGCCGACUGCUGGCCCUCCGAAGAAGAAACGCCGGAAGGAUGCAAAAAUUGCUCCUCAGGACACAGCCUUUCCAGACCGGCCUCUCAAAGAAAAGGAGGGGAUGAACGAGUCGAUGCGGCGGCUUUACGCUCAAGGACCUGCGAGUGCGACGGCGACGGCGCGUGCGCCGGACGAGAAGGUCGAGGGUGCCUCUCGGCGUGUCCGAGAGAAGGCUAUGGCUGCAGCCCGCCGCGAGCAAGGACUGCCGGAACCGCGCGGCUCCGGUUUUCAACCAGAGGAACGGCCUGAGGAAAGGCUUGAGGAUCUCGGAGGCGUCGACGAGAUUCUCAUGGACUUACGCCAGCUUGUCGUUCAGCCUCUUAGCCACCCGGAGGUUUUUCAGCACCUUGGUGUCCAGCCUCCGACUGGGGUUCUUCUUUUUGGACCGCCAGGGUGUGGAAAGACCAAGAUCGCUCAUGCCAUCGCCGGUACGACUGGGGUCCCGUUCUUCAAGAUCGCCGCCACGGAAAUUGUGUCAGGCAUGUCUGGUGAGUCGGAAGCGAAGAUCCGCCAGCUUUUCCAGGCUGCCAUGGCCGCGGCCCCAAGUCUGAUCUUCCUGGACGAGGUAGAUGCCAUCACGCCCAAGCGUGACUCUGCGGGUCGUGAGAUGGAGCGCCGCAUUGUGGCUCAACUUCUCACAUGCCUCGAUGAGCUUCAGAAGGCCAAUGUCGUUGUCCUUGGGGCUACAAACCGACCCGAUGCCCUUGACCCAGCUCUCAGGCGGGCAGGGCGCUUCGACCGUGAGAUCGCCAUGGGCAUACCAGACGAGGCCGCGCGUGCCCGAAUUCUGGAGAAGAUGGUGACGGGCAUGCGCCUGGCAGAAAACUUGGAUCUGCAAUUCUUGGCGAAGAAGACGGCAGGAUUUGUAGGUGCAGACCUGUCGGCUUUGACGAAGGAGGCGGCUCUUGGAGCCGUCCAGCGGGCAUUUUCUGGACUGCAGUCCCAAAGGAGUGAGCAGUGCCAGCAGAGCGAGCCGAAGGAGUCCUCCGACACGUCGCUUCUCCGGCCGUACACUGCAGAAGAGAUGGCGAAUCUGGCAAUCGAUGCUGCAGACUUCACAGAAGCACUCGCCAGAGUCCAGCCGUCGGCGCGGCGUGAAGGCUUCUCAACCAUUCCAGACGUGAAGUGGGAGGAUGUCGGCGCACUGCAGGAGGUCCAAGCCGACAUGGACGCCGCGGUCUGCGAGCCGAUUCGACAGGCGGAGCUCUUCAGAGAGCUUGGCACGUCGGCAUCUCAGAAGUUGCAGGACACCUUUGCGGUGGAUCUAUACCCGGCACCGCUGAUCAAGUGGCACCCAUCUGUCGAGCAGCAUGAGUCUCUCGUCAUGGAUGCGGAGAAGCGUGGCUUGAUCAACAAGCCAAAACAGCCGGUGCAUGCCCGAAGCACUUCAAACACAACUACAAAGAUUGGAAGCCAGGAUGAGGAGCUGACAGUGCGGCUCAAAGCAGCGAUUGCGUUAGAACCGCCUGUUGAGCCCUCGGGUGGCUACCGAGCCACAGCUUUCUAUCAGAGCGAGGGCUUGGAACCGCGUGAAAGGCGGAAAUGUCAGCCGAAGCAGGCUGCCGAAAGCAAGUAUGGUAAGAAGCUGCACGAUUGUUUUUUGGAGGCCCAAUUUCGCAUACCGUACAACUCCCGUGAGCAGUUUGUCAAGGUGGCAGUGUAUGCGGUGGCUGACGGUGCGGAUGUGCCAGUUGGUGAAGCCACAGUGCCCAUUGCGGACCCAAAGUCCGAGACCAUGACUGGCUGGCGACUUAUGCAGGACUUCGAAGAGACCGGGGAGGUCGAGCUCCAAGUGGUCUUCCCCGGAGAUGAUGUUUCAGUAGCAGAAACAGCCGAUAAGUCGACUGAAAGCUAUGACCUGGAAGCAAAGUACGCCUCCGUGGCUUCAAAGUCUGUGGUUGAAUCUGUGGGUGAGCUGCAGUCGAAGCAAGAGUCCGCUGAAUCGAUGGUCCCAGAACCUACGAGUCACAUGUCGGACACGCCUGUGGAGAAGGGGGUGGAGUCCAUGGAUGCUUCCUUCUUCGCCCUCAAUGCCGGUGACAAGGCUCAGGUCUACUCCAAGUCGACUGGGGCUUGGGUGGUCGCCUCCAUUGUGCACGUGGACCAUGCUCGUAGUGAGCUCAUCGUUCAACACGGCGAGCAUCGGAAAGUGGUAAAUCUCAGGUCGCACAACCUUGCAGACUUCUUCCGGCCAUGGGAAGCACUGGAUAGCCCAAGCUUGUCUGGUGUGAGACUGGGAUCGGGGGUGGAGGUUUACUCACAAAGCGCUGGUCGAUGGAGCGCUGGCGAGGUCUCUCGCGUAGACCUGCAGCGACAGGAGGACCUUGAAAAAUACUUCCGUCAGAAACAGGAAGAAGUGCCGAGCUCACCCACGACACCUUCUGCCGAAAUUCCACAAAACGGGGUGCAAGGUCUCACUGUUCCAGUGGGCGUGCUUCUUUUUGGGCCGCCUGGUUGUGGCAAAACCCUGCUUGCAAAGGCAACUGCCAAUCAGAGUGGUGCCAACUUCAUUGCCGUGAAGGGCCCGGAGUUGCUGAACAAGUAUGUGGGUGAGUCGGAACGAGCUGUUCGGCUUGUGUUCCAGCGAGCCAGAAGCUCUUCUCCGUGUGUCAUUUUCUUCGACGAGCUCGAUGCGCUGGUGCCGAGGAGGUCUGCCGAGGGCACGGGCUCGUCAGAACGCGUCGUGAACCAAAUGCUCACCGAAAUGGACGGCGUGCAGUCGCGCUCGCAGGUUUAUGUCAUCGCUGCCACGAAUCGGCCGGACAUUGUGGAUCCUGCAAUGCUGCGGCCAGGCCGUUUAGACCGACUUCUUUACGUGCCUUUCCCGUCUGCUGUCGGUCGGCUAGAAAUCCUCCAGACGCACAUGAGGAAGCUGCCGUUGGCCGCCGAUGUGGAUCUGCAAAGAGUCGCAGAGGACGCUGAUGGCUUCAGUGGCGCUGACCUGGCGUCCUUGGCCCGUGAAGCUGCGAUGCUGGCAAUCCGGGAUGCGGCUGCUGCUGCGACCAGGAUCUCCGCGAGCGCUUCUGGCAAUGGCUCUGCAGGAGAUCCCAAGACACAGGAGAAGGAAAAGUCUCUCGCUGCUGCUGCCGGUGUGCAGGUGACGGCCGACCUUUUGUGGAAGGCCAGGAGCCGCGUCCAACCUUCGGUCAGCCAGCAGGAGCGGCGGGAGUACGAGCAGCUCGCAGCUCGCUUGUGUGGUUGGCGAUCAGCUGGAGGGCGAGCAGCCGCCGGAGCCAAAGUGACCUAG